CCAACGAAGAAGAAGGUUUUCCAUGGAGCGCGGCUCUCCUAAGUGAAGUUAACGGACCCUACGCGUUCCUCGGUGGGUCAGCUGUCACAUGGCUAAAUAUGGGUGUUGACGGUCCAGGUUACCGGUCCAAAACGUGACACCGAGGCUCAGGUUUUGGGCUCAAGUAUGGCUCGACUGUAACGGAAAAAGAGGAACACAAAUCCCGGGACAAAGGUUAGCGUGCCGUGUGACUCUCUGGCGCUUGCGGGGAACUUUCACUUCUCCGUUAAGUUUAUGUUCUGUGAAACUCCGCUUGUUUACGCUUCUGUUGGUGUUAAAACGACGCUGUUUGUAAAGUUCCUGGGCUUUUAAUACGGUAAAGUUCUUAUGUUGUCGCUUUGUGAAUGUAGAAACUGUAUCAUACGUUUUCUAACAUUUCAGUUGUCGUAGUAGCGGCUGUUUGAACAGCUGACUCACCGACGUAUAAGGCCGGUGUUUCCCUUAAAUGAGCGGCCCUGUUAACUGGUGCCUUUCAGCAGAAUGUGUCGUUUGGUGUCGUAGAUAAAGCAAACGCAUCCUGUAACUACGGCAACCACAGAAGCAGUCCGUUCAGAGUCACCAGUUAAAAGGGUAACUAGUUAAAUCGUCACACCUCACUGCUCCUGGACAUAGCGAUGUUGUGAUCAGACCCCUUACGGCCUCAGGAUGUUCGCUUCUCCGGACCUGCUGGCCUUCACCAGCACUGAGGGGUUCGGGGAAGGAGAGGAGGACCAGGAGGCCCAGAGUCUACCUGAGGAGCUGUCUGUCCCCCUUUUACCUCUGUCAAACCCCUGGAGCACCACUGCCCAGUUUCACAGGGACUUCAUACUGGUGGCUGAAUUCUCUGAACAGGUGGGACCGAAACCUGUGCUGACAAUACCAGAUGACCCCAGAGCCAUCGGAUCUUUCGACCUCAACCACUUCUCUGUUCGAAUCAUGUCAGUGGACUACCAGGCGUCCGGCCCCGGCCAUGCCCCGCCUGCAUCCCCUGGCCCUCGUCUCAAUUUCAGUGAGGACUCUAAAGUGGUUCUCGGAGAUUCUGCAGAGAGCGCGUUUGCCUAUGUUCACCACAUGACCCUGUACGACUUGGAGGCCCGGGGAAUGGUGCGUCCUUUCUGCAUGGCCUACGUGUGCUCAGACCAGGGGAAGCUGAUGGAGAACUACGCUGAGCUGUCAACAUGCUUCUCCCAGGCCGCUGACAGCCUCAAGACGGGAAACAGACAAGCAUUUUCUAUGGAGCUGCAGAGGAAGUUACAAGAACUAGAGUACACACGACUGACUCUGCUCCAGGACCCAGAUCGUUUGAAAGGGGUAAACGGAUUCUCAGAGGAGGAGACGGAGGGUGAUCUUGGAGCUGUGGAGCGUAUGAUCUCAAACCACAGAGACCUCCUCCGCCAGGUCACCUCCUACCCAAACAGAAAGCUGAAACAGCCCGACUUUCUACCUUACGACCCGGCCGACUCCCUCACUGAUAUUUCUGCUUUGAUGCCUCUUGAGCCCUGUCCCUCCUUCUCUUUUCUUACCUCCACCUCCUGCAGGUCCGAGCGUCAACUCAAGUCUCUGCAUGAGCUCUGUAACUCCUACUUCUUGUCAUUGAUGAAGGAGCAGCUUGCUGACACAGAGCGCCGUCUGCGUGGCGACAGAGGUGCACUGCGAACUGCUCGCCUCACGCGCUCACUAUCCAGGAGGCUCGAGCUUGUCAACUUCCUGUUUGAGCUGUGGAGUCCAGAGGACCGAGAGGAAGAGGAGAGAGAUAUCGCUGAAGCCGAGCUGCAGAGGGACAUGGGGACGAAGUGCAGCAUGGAGGAGCCGAUGAGCCUGGAGUCAUUCUCGUCCUGUGUGGAGGAGAUACCCAUCAAGAUGGAGGCAGGAGAGGCCAGGACAGUGACCCCAGACAACAAUGUUGCCACAGAGAUAACAGGGAGCAUGAGCAGUGGGGACAGCAUUGAAGUGCUCGGGACUGAGAAGUCUUAUCGGACGCAGCAUUUAGUCGCUGUUUCUGACAGCAGAGACACACCAGUUGGGAUGGCGGACACCUCUUUCAGACGUCCCCCAGUAGAUGUAGGAGUCAGGCGUGUGCGAGCGUACGCCAGACGAGCUAACAGUGAGGACAGCAUUGAGGUGCUGAGCACCACAGAGUCCAUCUUUCCUGAAGACCUUACUGCCAUCACAGAGGAAGAAGUAGAGCACCAACCUCUGAGUAACGGCUUUGAGAGCAAAGAGGAGAGACAGACUGAGUCUAAAGCUGGCUAUGGCGUCAACAUGGAAAGCAAACUUAAUGCAACUACUUCAGUGAGUGAGGAGGAAAACGAGGAGCUGGUUCAUGAGGAAAAGACUGAAGUUGUUGGAAAAGAGUCCUUAAAGAAAAGUGAUACCAGCAGUGAGGUUCUGAUUAAAGAGAAGAAAGUUACAGAGAGUUUAAAAAGUGAUCGCAUCAGUGAAAACAAAAGUUCUGAGAAGACAUCCAAACAUCUGCAAGCUGAAGAAGCAAUGGAGUCAGCGUCUCUGUGGCCUGAAGGUCAUCAGAAGCUAAAGUCAGUGCCUAACCUCCACGUAUACUUCUCUCCUCCUGUUGCCAUGGGAGAGGUUGAGAUCUGGACCCGUCCCGGCCUUCCUCUCAGGCUGCUGAGCAUCGAGGAGGCGUCUGACUGCACCAGCUUCACUGGCUCCUCCGAUCCGCCCUCUCCCACACAAAACAUCUAUAGCAGCAUCCAGUCACAUAAGAGAAGGAGAAGAAAGGCUGGACUCAGAGCUCUCAGGUUCCUUAAACAUAACUCAUACUCCCAGCAUGCCUUGUUCUGUCUCCUGAGCGGCCGGCCGCUGGUUGUUAUUGGAGGAGAUGAGAAUUUGGUUAGAAAAAUGGUGGACGCUCUGAGUCUUUUUCUGCCUGCUCCGGGUCCAGAGAGAAACGCUGUUAUGCCAUGUUUGACCGCGCCGCUGCAGCUGACUGACCUGCUCACCUGGAGACUGAUAGGAAUACACAGAUCCCCCUCCUUCUCAUCAUCCACCAUCCUCCCCUCUCUGGCUCGCUACAGUCGUUAUCUAGCUCUGUUGGACCUGGACCAGAGGACGCUGCACAGUCCGUCAUACUCUGGCUCACUCAUCGGCAGACUGGCAGACCCUCACACUGGAAUCAGCCGGGGCAUCACCUACCUGCUGCACCUGGAGAGCUGCCUGACCGCACUGACCAACCAGGCUCUACUGUACACGUUUAAUCCUGCUCUACAACGUCAAAACUCUGCUGCAGGGAAGGAGGGAAACGAGGAGGACAGCCGGUCAACUAAAGAAUUCUGUAACAGUGAGAGCGAUUUGAGAGUGAUUCAGUUCCUGUCUGACCUCAUCAGUCAGCGCCACGCGGGACGUGGACCGCCAGUUUUAAAGUUCUCCUACAACUCAGUUCACCUGCACAGAAAUACAAAUGCAACAUAAACACUGUAUGAACAAAAAUAAUCGACUAUUUAUAUAAAGAUCUUAUAUUCAGAUGCCUUUAACUAAAUGCACUGAGAUCUCCCUCCAAUGUUGACCGACGGACUCUGACCUGCUAAUGUGAACAUGCUAAGAGUCAUGUAUGUUUUUAUCUGAAGUGUUAAGAGAGCUUGUUUGUUUGUUUUUACUCACUGAUGCUGGGAGGUGUAUUUUUCUACAGUACUGAACUAAAUGCACUUGUGCCUCUUUGGCACUAAAGACUUACUGAUGUCCUCUACAGCAGAAGCACUGGACUUUUUAUGUUAUUUUUAAAAUGAAGAGUUGUUUCUGAAUUAUAUGAGCUCUAUAUAUUUAAGAUAGUUGAGCCUUGUGUCAAUGCUGUAAUUUUAACAGCCAGAACAGCCCUUCUGAGAUUGUUCAUUCACUCUGGUACUGUAACUUUAUUGUGCAGCUUGAUGGUCCAGAUAUAUGUGGACUCACUCACUUUCAUAAAAGUCUAUCCAUCCUGUUGUACUGUGAUUUAACCACAUAAGAUGCUGUUUAAAGUUGGUUUCCUCAAGUUAAUACCAGCAAGAAUCAAGAUGGCUGUCAUGUUAAAACAAAUUACAGUUAUAAGUUUAAUGCUACUAAACACCACCAGAUUAUGAAAAUAUCUUCCCUCUUUGAAAUAAAUUAUUUUAACAAAUUGA